AUGCAAUGUGUAGCCAGUGGCGACGCGAAAAUUUGCCAAAAUGCCGAAACGCGGAAAGUACCGGAUGGAAAAGCAAAGAUCCUCCACCCCUACAUCCUCUCCCACCUCCCUCCCUCCCCCUCCUCCUCUCCCUCUUCCCCAUCGUCGUCCCUCCACCCCUUCUCCCCCCACACCCUCCCCACCGUCGGCUCCUGCGACUCCCUCCGUCUCCAAAAGCCCAAGCCGGCCAUUCCGGACUUUUUCGAACAUCAAAUACAACCGAUCACCAGCUGCCUCGUCCCCCACGACGAUGACAGCGCAGAGGUUGAGCAUCUAGGAUGGGGCGGGCGAGGUGCAGGUAGGAAGCGGGGCGAGAUCAGUGCAGAGUACGAGACCCUCUGGGCGUGUUGCGGCAAGACCGUCGAGGGCAAUGGCAAUAUGGGCCCCCCAGAUGGCUGGUGUUACGAGGGCAAACACACCACAGACCCAAAACGUGCACGCUUCCGUGUAGACUCUACCAUCCACCACGACAAGCUCGUCUCCUGCCUCAAACUUAACUGCCACGGCAUCCGCUCCCACUUCCCCACCACCAAACCCUCCACACGCAAACGGGCCUCUCGCAAGGUGUCAAACUUGCACGAAUGUCAUACGGCAAGCGAAGAGGAGGAGGGGACUGAGGGCCCGGAGAAUAGCGGGGUUGAGGAGAUUGUGGAGAGGGAACAACGAGGGGGGUCGGACACACGCGGACACGGACGUGGAGAGGCAGGGGCAGACACAGACGUGGAGAGUGUCAAAUCGAUGUCCAAAAGUGUCCCCAGCACGCGCGGCAGACCUCCCAAACGCACCCUCAGCACCACCCUCCACAAGCCCUCUCCCUCCAACCCCGCGCCUACCUCAAAAUCGAAGCCUAUCCGAAAACAGACGUUGAGGUCGAAGGUCCAGGAUACGCCCAGUGGAAAGACAGGUGCGGGUGCGAGGAAGGGGGCAGUGAGCGAUACAGACCAAAGCACCAUGGACGUCAAUGUCAAUCGCACCUCCCCCUCCCGAGCCCGCACCGCCCCCCGCUCCCGCGCGCGUCCAUCCUCAAAGAGGCCGGCCAAGAAACCCACUGUCGAUGCAAAUGCAGAUAAUCACAAAGGCGCACACUCCCACUCCAAGAACGUCAAGUCCCCGCCGCGCAGGGCCCACCCCAGGAUGCGUUCCCGCUCGAGGCUAGGCAUGCGUCAUAGUGGUGGCCUUGUCGGGUCUGCUGCCAGCAGCAGCGAGGAGGCGGAGCAGCUGAAGAAGCGGUGCAAGGUUGCGGCGUGA